AUGAGCAGCAACAACCUCCCAUCCACGGCGCAACCGCCCGCGCAACAGAAACAACCCCAAAAGCCUAUCCAUUUUGGCCCAUUCGAAGUCACCGACCAAGUCUUCCUCUCCACCCCCCACACCUUCGCCCUCGUCAACCUCAAGCCCCUCCUCCCCGGCCACGUCCUCGUCUGCCCGCACCAACCCCACCGCCGCCUAACCGACCUUUCCACGCCGGAACUCACCGACCUCUUCACCUGCGUCCAGCGCGUCCAGCGCAUGCUCGCCCGCCACUACUUCCUCCCCCCCUCUAACCCCUCCCCGUCCCCUACCAACCCACCCCCAAACAGCACCGCCCCUACCCCCACCAACACCAGCACCACCCCAACUGGCACCCCCACCCCCUCAAGGGAAAGCAAGGGAUUAGCAGCAACGCCCACCGACGGCGCCUUCAACAUCGCCGUGCAGGACGGCGCCGAGGCCGGGCAGACCGUCGCCCACGUGCACGUGCACGUGAUCCCGCGCAUCCGGGGCGCGACCGCCAAGCCGGCGUCGACGCCGUCCGACGCCGUGUACGAGCAGAUGGCGGCCGAGGCGGGGAACGUCGGCGGGGGGCUGUGGGAUCGGGAUCGGGAGGAACUUGGAACCGGGACCAUGGUUCAGUAG